CCGCGUUUUUAUUCGGCGCAAAAUAUUAAUAAGAAAAUGGACUUAAAUACAUUGCUACAGCGUGCACAGAGCCUAACAAAGGGAAAUGUGGAGUGUGAGCUGCCAGGCGUGGAGCGAACGCUGCAACAAGUGCUGCAAGCCACGGAACAGUUGCACAGUCGUGUAACCCAAACGGGCGCCAAGGAAAUACAAGCGCAAAUAUUACUCGGUUCCAAGGGCAUUGAUCUGCCCAAACUAAAUCAGAAGCUAGAGGCGCUCAGUACGGGUAAAACUUUCGAGCCGGUGGAUGUGGCGGGCUCGGACACAGAUGUCUGCACAUUUCUGAAGAAUGAACGGGAAAAUGCCAUACUGUCUGUCAUAGAGGAUACCAACAAGAAUAUUAGCGAUUCCGUUAGUAAACAGAAAUGGGGUAACUUGACAAGCAGCUGGAACGAGGAGAAAACCCGCUUGCUGGAUGCUUUGAUUGGACCCUCACAGAACUUUAUUGACUUGCAGAGAUUACCCGAGCAGAUCAUACUGAAUCCGGAAUGCUUGCCGCUCUCCUGUCUUGAUAAAAUGAGCUUGCUGUAUGCCCAGGAGGUGUGCGAGUACAAUGCGCUGGUUUUGAAGGAUCGUCCUCGUCCAAAUCUGGUGCAAAAGUUUGCACAACUUGCGAGCACUUUUGGAGAUGUGCGUCUUACAGAGAUGUGGAUGCUGCUGUCCUGUGUGACCCAAGUGAACGAAUCACCAUCCCAGACCGAUCCCAUCAAGAGUCGCCAGCAAAGACCAGAGUUUGUGCUGCACGCCAGAACGUAUUUGGAACGACGUUACAAAGUAUACAUCAGUUCAUUGGUGACCCAAGCUUGUGCGACCGAUAGCUACCAGCUCGUCCGCGCCUAUGUAAGUCGACGCUUUAGUGGACAGCAGACAAUCGGACUUGUGGACACGGCUGGUGGCAAACCACUGUGGCCGCUCAUCUACUACAGCUUACGUUGCGGUGCCUUCGAGGCUGCUGUGGACUUCUUACGUGAAGCCGGCUCUAGCUACGAUGAAUUCGCACAACUCAUUGGCGAUCGAAAUGCGGGCGUGAUCAACUCCAAGAUCGAGAGCAAGCUGAAGCUUCAGUAUGCCAAUAAAAUACGCAAUUCAACAGAUGCCUAUAAAAAGGCUGUGUACUGCAUCCUGCUCGGCUGCGAUACGAACGAAGUGCACGGCGAAGUGGCUAAAACCAUUGACGAUUUUCUCUGGAUUAAAUUGGCCAUGCUGCGUCCCGGGGAUGCCGCCGGCUAUGGUCAACUUCAGAGUUCAUUUAUUGAGAAUUAUGGCGAGAAGUAUUUUAAUGCGGCUCAACAUGCUCAUCUGUACUUCCAAGCACUGGCACUCACUGGCCAGUUUGAGGCAGCUAUUGAGUUCCUGGCCCGAACCGAUGCGAAUCGCGUGCAUGCCGUCCACAUGGCCAUAGCCCUACAUGAGCUGGGCAUACUAGGAGGAGUGCGUAGCGUCUCGCAACCGCUGCUCUCGAUUGACAUUUCGGAUCCGACGCCAUUGCGACGUCUUAAUCUGGCGCGGCUCAUUCGCCUCUAUGUGCAGCGCUUUGAGGGAACAGACACUGCCGAGGCCCUUCAUUACUAUUACACGCUCCGCAACCUGCAUGAUCCCAAGGGACGCAACUUGUUCCUCACAUGCGUUUGUGAUCUGGUCGUCGAUAGCGGUGUGCUGGACACCAGCAUAUUUGACCUAAUCUUCGGGCAACGACAGACGGCAACUCUCCCCGAGCAUACGAUCUCCGGAGGUCUGUUCCAGCAGUUUAGCUGUCCGGACUUUGACACACGCACCAUGGCUGGCCUUGUGGCCGAUGAGUUGAUCACGCGUGGCAACUUCGAGAUGGCAGUGCGACUCUAUGACAUGGCUGGCAAGCUCAAUCUGGCACUGAAGCACAUCUCCAUACUGUUGGCUCAGGUGGUUCAGCAGCCUGCGGUGGAGGGUACAUUGCGUGCACGCCUCAGCUUGGAGGCUGAGCGGUUCAGCAAUCGUCUGACCAAUCGGCAAACAGAGAUAGAACCCAAAAUCUUAGUUAGCUUCACAUUAUUGCGCGAUUUGAUCAAGUUCUUUGAUAACUACAACGAAGGCAAACCUCAGGUGGCAUUGGAACUGCUUGACCACACGGGACUCAUACCGCACAGCAUUCGGGAUGUGGACACCUGCCUGGCCAACGUUAGACGACUAAGCGGGGAGGUCAUAAAAGUCAUUCCCGACGUUAUGGUCGCCGCAAUGGAUAUAACACUCACGAAAUACAAACAAUUGAAGUCAGAGACGGAGCCAGUGAGUGUAUUGCAGCACCAGCGACUGCAGGAUCUGCGAGAACGUGCCAAAGCUAUUGCGAACAUGGCAGCCACAAUGCCCUACUGUCCCACAAACCAGCGUCUGUUGCAGCUUGAGCUGCUGAUGCAUUAAAAUAAAUAACAAGUCAGAAGAAA